AUACCAGCAGUGCUUAAGUCCAGUCCACCACAUCACAGUCGGAGCUGGUUGGCGAUUUUACUUUACAGUUCACACUUUUAUUCAAUCGAGAGCUCCUUGCUCCUUUAAUUUCUAUCCUGAUCCAUUAAGCGAGUGGUCUCAAUUCGAGUUUCGAGAUCCAUGGAGCCGGCGUCGUUGUUCAGCUUCGUGAGCGCGAUGAUAAAGCUGGCGAUGAAGAUCGCCACGGUGGCGAAGAAGGCUCGCCAGAACCAGACCAAGUGCCUGGAGCUCUCCGACCGCGCGCGGCGAGUCGCCGGCAUCCUGAGCAACUACAACUACAAGCCCGCGGCUACCGGCGAGGCGGCGGCGGCGGCGACGUGGGACAUGCUGGGCAGCCUCAACGAGGCCCUCGACGAGGCGCACAAGCUCGUCGAGUCCUGCUGCGGAGACGGCCAGAUGUACAGGCUCGUGGGCAGCCGCGCGGUGGACGCCAAGCUGGACAGCGUCAAUAACAAGAUCAGCAACUGCCUCAUGGACCUCCUCGCCGCCCAAGGCGCAGGCACGGCGAAGAAGAUCGAUGAGCUGCACCUUGUGGUCGUGGAUCGCAAUCACCACCGUGCAAGCAAUUCGAACGCCGGCGUCCGCGAGGAUAAGAUGACCAGUCAUCAGCACGCCGCUCCUGGUUAUAGCCGCCCAAACAAUUCAGCACGAAUGAAGCAGAACACCGCCGGCAUCAUGUUCGGCAACCACACCGCUUCCGAUCAUGGCCGCCGCUUAAACAGUUCAGUAAGAUCACUGAGAGUGAUGAACCCGGCUCUCAGUCAUCACCAGCUGGCAAACAAUUCAGCGUGGUGGAAGCAGAGUGAGAUCAACACCGGCAGCUCAAAUUAUUCGGUAAGAUCGCUAGGAGAGAGCAGCUCUGCCAAGUCGUCCUCGGGAAGAUCGUGGACAGAGAUCAACUCUGCCAACUCUUCGAUAGUAAGAUCGCGGACAAAGAUCAACUCUGCUCACUCUUCGAUAGUAAGAUCCCGGACAGAGAUCAACUCUGCUCACUCUUCCAUAGUAAGAUCGCGGACAAAGAUCAACUCUGCUCACUCUUCGAUAGUAAGAUCCCAGACAGAGAUCAACUCUAACAGGUCCUCGAUAAAUUCGGUGAGAGAGAUCAGCUCUGCCAAAUCCAUCCACAAAGAGAAGAUCGACCCUCUCCUUGCUCACAGUCAUCACCAGGCAAACAAUUCAGAGCCCUGGAGGAUAAUAAGAAAGAAUACACGGGGGUAUACAGAGAAGAGAAUACAGACGCAUCACAACCUCCCUACCACGCACUGAGAAGCUUUGACGUUUGCCACCUGCAAAAACACCCGACCAAAUUCCAAAUCAAACUAAUGCUAGAACCCUAAUUGAACAUCAUCCACUUCGCAUGCAGACUUGAAACACCAAGAAUCGAAGGUGCCGGAGGGCCUCAGUGCCACGCGCAUACCGGCUUGGUUCUCUGGCAGUCGAAAGACUGUGGUUAUCGAAGACCACCCGCAUCAAGCCGUCAGAAGUACGACUUAGUCAUGUUGCUACUUGAAUCAAUGCCCCCCGACGUCUAUUGGGGGAAGGAAGCCCCAAAAGAGGGAAGGCCACUGAAAGUUGAGGCCAUAGGCCACCCGCAUCAAGCCGUCUUCAAUCGAGCUUUAUCAAAUUGCUAGCCAGUUCAACGCCCUUCGGGGGAAGAAAGCCCCAUAGGAGGAAGGACCGCUAAACAUUGCAGUCAGGGACACCCAAGCAGAGAGGGUGAAGGGCAAUCAGGGGACUGAACAAAAGAGAAAUGAAAGAGAUGGGGAUCUACAGAUGGAUGAAACAUCAACAGAAGAGAACAAAGAUCGGGAGCAUCACGACCGCCGGAGAAGCACAUGUUCCAACCAAUAGGCAAACCCAAGCGAGCCAAGGAGAAGCAUGCUAGAAUUGAGGAGAUUCAGAGCGGCCGAGGCACCAGCAAACUCCUAGACAUGCAGGUUUGGGCUGAGCUGAUCGUGGCAAAGCUCAAAAUGCUUCCAACCGCCGGGUAGACAAGAAGAAAAGAAAAUGGAGCAGACAUCGGCAAAGUCAGCAGCGUUGUCGGUCGCCACUGAGCUGACCAAUUCCGGCCAUGCUGCCAAGGGGAAGGUGGAUCUGGGCACCGGCAACAGGCGACGUCGCAGCCCACCGACGACAUUGCAGGCAGCAAGCCGUCCCCACCACACGACCUUGCCGGAGGCAGGGGGACAUGGUAGGAGGCGGAACUGACGGCUGCCCACCACCACGGCCGGCUGCCGUCGCCGGAGGCUGCAGGGGCGUGGUAGGAGGCAGAUCUGAUGGCCACCCACCACCACGGCCGGCUGCCGUCGCCGGAGGCUGCUGGGGCGAGGUAGGAGGCGGAUCUGACGGCCACCCACCACCACAGCCGGCUGCCGUCGCCGGAGGCAGGAGGAACAGGGCGGGAGACAAGCUAGCAUGAAGAGAGUUUUGGAUCUGGAAAAGAAAAGGAGAGGAAGUUAAUGGUGUGGGGAGGUCGUGGUGCUGGGGGGGGAGGCGAGCGCCGCCGCCGGCAAUGCCACCGGGGGCAGCGUCGCCGGCCGCGGCGAGGCUGCGCGCGCGUAGGAGGAGCGGGCCUCGGCGACUGUCGCCUCCCGGGUCUCUCCACCAUUAUUAUAAAACAUGAAUACUCUCUCCAUCCCAUAAUAUAAAGCGUGCACGCAUUUCAAGAAUCAACAUUUAAAAUAUUUGACCAACACUUAGUAUAGUAUGAAAUAAAUAUUAUUUGGUAAAAAUUAUAGCAUUAUAUUGACAUUUAAAUUUACUUUCAUAUGGUUAUAAUUUUGUUGCUACAAACCUUAUAAUAUAUGAGAAAUUAUAAGCUAAAGAUUAGUUUUGGAGACCGUGACAAGUUUAACCGCGCCUUAUAUUAUGGGAUAGAGGGAGUAGUACUUUAUGCGAGACUUUUUUUUUGUUUUGUUAAAAAAAAUUAAAUAAGACGGACGAUUAAAGUUGGACACGAAAACUCAUGGCUACGCUUAUUUUGGGAUUGAGGGAGUAUAUUUUAGGACGGAGAUAGAAGUAAAUAUUUAGUAAUUAUGGGUAAGUUUCCAUGGCCCCUUGUUCGAUCUGCUUUAUUAUCAAAGUUUUUUCUUUUUUUUUCCUUUUGCUGUUUGUAUAUUGUUAUGAUCAAUUAAUAUGACUUGCUGGAAAUUGAACCUA